AUUGAAAUAAAUAAAAACAAUUUCGGAAAAUUAUCGAAUAUGUUAUAAUUUUUCAGUACAAUUAUUUUUUAAGUAUUUAGCCAUUAACCAUGAAUGACAAAAUUUAUGAAAAAAUGAUGCUUCGCCGACGAUUUUUCAAACGAGCCUCUUUGAUGGUGAUCGCUUUUACAAUUUCUUUUUAUGUGUCGGUUCUUCUGUUUGGUGACCUGAAAGCUCCUCGAGUGAUGCAACUGACGGACUUAGGUCGUUGUCCGGCUUGCUACGGAGUGUCUGUAUGUCCAGAGCUGUACUCCAACCAAAUAAUAAUGGAAUCACAUAAAUGGUCGAGCAUGUUUAAUACGAAGAACAUUUAUUACGGCUACACCAGGUCGAAUAGGCGGGUUAUUUUGAAGAAACUGGCCCAUAAUUCCGAGCUGAGGAACUUUGAUAACAAUUUAUGUAAGACCUUCAACUUGAAAAGAAACUGCAAGCCAAUACAUUUGCUGAAUGCCUCUAACAUUGAUAACAAGUUAAUCAAACUUGUGGAGUACAACCUAUCAGUACCAGAUUCAAGGCCAAGAAAGGGGCUUGUAAUGUGUCCAUAUGCUCACAGUGUGUAUGACUUCAUAACACCUGUGCUGAGUAGCAAAAAAGAACAGGUAGAUAUUGUCAACAUCUGGACUAUGCUAAGUAUUAACCCAGAACCUAUUGUAUUGCAGGUGUUGCAAAAGUCUAGUGGAUGGCCAGUACCAGCUUAUGCAGGUGUUUGUGGUCGUGUAGAGGUAGUAGCAUAUGAGGGUGAACCUCUUUCGUCAUUAACUCAUAUAUCCUGGUACCGGAAACUGAAGUUUGCUAAGAAAAUCCUGGAUGCUGCCAUGGAUUUCACAUUUAAACAUGAUAGAUUCCGUUUCUACCUCAUGGAUUGGUCUGUGGACAACAUAGUGGCCAACGAAAAAGACGACAUUACCUUUGUAGAUCUUGAGGACAUUAUCAUUUUGGACAAGCAUAUAGCACCAAAGCAAGACUUACCAGAUUGGUAUCAACGAUACAGCAGAGAGAUCACGGGAACAGGAUUCUCAUUCUCCAUUGACAAUAUGUGCAAACACCAUCUUAGUGACCAUAAUAUUUGGGCAGCCUGUUACAUCUUAGCUGGAGAUGAAGAUCCUUACCUAAGCCCUAUACCAGAAGAGGUUCAGACUACAAAACCUCAUUUAGAGAGGUUGCUAAAGGAGUGCCUAGAUGGUGAAGACAGAUUUAGAACAAUUACAAACUUACAGCAUGUGCUUGGUGACAUGCUUACGGAUGAGAACAUUGUAGGCUAUAGUGCAGUUAUUAGGUGAUAAAUUAACUUAGAAUGAUGGCGCUAGUGUGCUUUUUGGAUUCGUAAUGUGAAGUUCU